UGGAUGGCCUCGGGUUCCGCCCACAAACACACAAGGUGGAGUUGAAAAGAAAAAACACGCUGAGGCCAAAAUGAAGCUGUCAAACAGCCGCUUACAAUUUACUAAAAAGAGCCUUUGGAGCAAAGUAAAGAGAGCGGGCGCUGCAUGGUGGAGCUCCCACAUAGUUUAAUCUAAGAAAAAAGAGUGGCACAUCUGACAUUGAUAAGUGGAGAUAGUAAAGUUUUAAAUUAUGUUGUCUAUAUUAACAGAUGAGCCAUUAAAUUGGACAACUUUCACGGGGCUACCUGAUCAAACACUCGGGGCUGCAGAUGUGAGCGGCUUCGGCCUCCGGGAGCGAAAAAAUAACGCGUCCGAGAAUGUACCGGAGCGAGGUCGGAAAAAAUGUCUCGGCGUAGCGAAAUGGUUGGAUGGAGAGAGACGAGCUGCUGAGCGCUGACUGGAGGGAGACAGCGAGUGAGAUGGAGGCGGGGGGGAAGGACCAUCUCUGCGGGGACUGGAGCCCAGGACCGACGGCGCAGUGCUGGCUAUCGUUCAACCCUCCCCUUCUUCCUCCACAACGACGCCGAGAGACAGGUAAGCCCGCACAGCAGACGCUCAGUUUCAUAAUACGGCUAGAGAGAGCCAGAAAAAAACACAAACAUAAGAAAAAAAUGCACAUUUAUCGUCGGUGUUUAUGUUCUGUAAGGGCGCCUGUGAAUGUUCGGUCGGUAGCUUCUUUGUACUAGCGAGAUAAACCGACCGCGGUGGCAGCGUACACACGAAGGCGGCCAUACCCGAAUUUUUGUGCCGAACAGCGGGGAAGGAGCUGCACGUAGGACCGGGAGGUAAAUACGCUAUUAAUGAUAAAAUUACCCCCGCUCCUUUAAGCUAAUUCCUGACUCGAAACGUGAGCAUUUCGGCUGUAACUGGGGGUAUCUGCGUAGGGGGGAAUACACGGUGGUUUCCGCGCCGAGACCUCCAUGCGGCUGUUGGCGGAACAGCGAGCCGCCUCUCGGUUAGCCAUCAGGGAUCUCGGUUUAAUAUCUCACCGUGCAGAGACUCGCCCUCUCUCUCCCCCUCUCUCUCUCACCGACUAGCCCAGAAACAGCGACGGACCGAGCUCGGGGAGAGAACCCGCCUUCCUCGUCCUCGCUUAUGCGCUUUUUGGAUCGAGGGAAGGGAGUCUGCAACGCCCUGGCUUUAGCUUUAAGCCCCGUUUUCUGUGUUUGCAGUGCGCCACUGGACCUUGUCACGAUCCAAGAAAGUACACUCACAAAUGAAUGGAGAAAUGGAGGCAACGACUCAAGGCCAAGUGUGGGCGCAAGACGACCUCUUAAAGCUGCUGGAAGCCAUGAAAGUUGCUCUGCCACAGAAAGACCUGACUAAAUACAAAACCUCAGAGUCCCACCUUGACUGGCAGAAGGUGGCUUUCAAUUCUUACACAGCAGAGAUGUGCAAGCAGAAGUGGCAGGAGGUCUCUAAAGAGAUUCGUAAGUUCAGGACCCUAACAGAGCUGAUAGUUGAUGCUCAAGACUACAUAAAGAACCCAUACAAGGGCAAGAAAAUAAAGAAACACCCAGAUUUCCCCAAGAAGCCUUUGACUCCAUACUUCCGUUUCUUCAUGGAAAAGAGGGCCAAGUAUGCAAAGUUGCACCCUGAGAUGAGCAACUUAGACCUCACUAAAAUCCUCUCCAAGAAGUACAGAGAGCUUCCUGACAAAAAGAAGAAAAAAUAUGUUGAUGACUUCUUACGAGACAAGGAAUCCUUUGUGCAUAGCAUGAUGAAAUUCAGGGAAGAACAUCCGGACCUUGUGGAGAGCAUGACCAAGAAGGGCUCAAAUGUACCAGAGAAGCCCAAGACGCCCCAACAGUUGUGGUACAACCAUGAAAAGAAAGCCUUCCUUAAGACGCGCCCAGAUGCGACCACCAAAGACAUUAAAGACAGUCUUGGCAAACAGUGGACGCAGCUCUCUGACAAAAAGAGGCUCAAAUGGAUCACCAAGUCCCUGGAACAGCAGAAACAGUAUGAGGAAACAAUGCGGGAAUACAUCCAGCAGCACCCAGAGUUAAACAUGACCCAGGGGGAUAUUGUAAAAUCCACUCUGACCAAGGCAGAGAGGCACUUGAAGGACAAAUCUGACGGCCGACCCGACAAACCUCCUCCAAAUGGUUACUCUAUGUUCUGCGCGGAGCUGAUGUCGAGCAUGAAGGACGUUCCCAGCACAGAGCGUAUGGUGAUGUGCAGCCAGCGGUGGAAGCUGCUGAAACAGAACGAGAAGGACGGCUACCAGAAACGCUGCGAACAGAGAAAGAAGGAGUAUGAAAUUGAGAUGAACAGAUUUCUCAGUAGUUUAUCAGAGGAGGAGCAGCAGCGAGUGUUGGGUGAGGAGAAGCCAGGUUUUAAGAAGGGCAGCGGAGCCAGCAGUCCUGCCUCCAAAAAGAAAACAUCCAAAGCAAAGACCAAUCCAGAGAAACCCAAAAGGCCCAUUUCAGCCAUGUUCAUAUUCUCUGAAGAGAAACGCCCCAAACUGCAGCAGGAGAGGCCAGACCUUUCUGACAGCGACGUCACAAGACUCCUGGCUCGCAUGUGGAACGAGCUGCCAGAUAAGAAGAAGGAGAAGUAUAAACGUUUAGAAACAGUCCUGAAAGCAGAGUCUGAGAAGAAAGAGAAGGAGGAUCGUAGUCGUCUGCCGGAUCCGCCCAAGACUGCACAAGACAUCUGGCAGCAGAGCGUUAUAGGAGACUACCUGGCCAGAUUUAAGAACGACCGGCCAAAGGCACAGAAAGCAAUGGAAGGAACCUGGAGCACCAUGGAGAAGAAAGAGAAGAUCAUGUGGAUCAAAAAGGCAGCAGAGGACCAGAAAAGAUACGAGAGAGACCUGUGCGAGAUGCGCUCACCUGCUGCCGUCAUUGCCUCAGGGAAGAAGAUGAAGUUUGAGGGCGAACCCAAGAAGCCACCAUCAAACGGAUAUCAGAAGUUCUCUCAGGAGAUGCUGUCCAAUGGAGAGCUGAAUCACCUACCGAUGAAGGAGCGCAUGGCUGAGAUCGGCAGCCGCUGGCAGAGGUUACCGCUGAAGGAGAAAGACCGCUACAAGAAGAUCGCAGAGGAGAAGCAGAGGCAGUACAAAGUCCAGCUGGAGCAGUGGCUCGCUAGCUUGUCUUCCCAAGAGAGGAACACUUACAAAGAAUAUAAUUCACAAAAAAGGAGAAAUACAGCAAAACCAGGAGGCCCCAAGGCAAAGUCCAAGAAAUCUGACACUGAGGAGGACGAUGAUGAUGAUGACGACGACGAUGAGGACGAAGAUGAAGAUGACGAUGAGCGGGAGAAGGCUUCUUCUGAGGCUGACUCGUCCAGCGAGGAAGACGACGAAGACGAUGAUGACAAGGAGGCAGACGACGAUGAUGACGACGAAGACGAUGACGACGACGAGGACGAGGCGGAGGACAAGGAAAACAAGUCUGAGGACAGCAGCAGCGAGUCGAACUCUGCGGGGACGUCGGACUCUGAUUCGGACUGAGACGGAGGCCGACGUCGUCCCCGAGACGAACUGAGCAGCGCUGAGCUGAGCCAAGAGUCCAGGGAGCUCUGCCACUGUGCCAACCCUGCUCUCCUCCCACCACUAGAGGGAGCCCCUGCACCGCCUCAUCCAUUUCACUCUUUGUGUUGCUGGUGAUCUGUACUCAAGGAGGGACUCUGCCCCGAUCUCCAAAAUCCGUUUAGCUUCCUCCCCGCUGUGUGACGGUCACAUAAAUGCCAAAAAAAUAACAAAACAAACAAAAAAAACAACAGCAUCCCACUGGUUUGGUGAUGUCAUGAACGUUUCUGCCGCUGGUUUCAAUCUGGUUUAAGGGUUAGAGUUUCAACAUGUAGGAUGAAAUAAAAACCCUUCAGUGUUUGUUAGUGUUAGAGUUCUGGUUGUUAGUUACAGUCAGGUGGCAGGAGAUGUAAACAGGCUUCAUUGAGCCAAAGAACAUAGAACGGUGGAUCACUUUAGGGAGGGGGGGAUGUGCGGGGUACUGAAAAAAUUGCACUCUUCAGAAUGUUUCCUUUUAAUUUUUUUUUCCAGAACAUUGUUGUUGUUGUUCUCUAUUCUCAACUUAUGAUGUAGAUUUUAUGAUUUGGUUCUUAAAGAGGUGGUGUUUUUUUCAGGAAAAAAAAUCAAGCCAUGAUGAAUGUCUUUGUUUUUGUUGCUGGAAAACUAUUUUUUUUUUUUAGAUUUUGUUACUUACCCAUGUUCUCAUUUAACAAGAAGAUUACAGUGCCUGUAAAGGGUUCACCCCCCACUUGGACUUUAAUGUUUUAUUUUACAAGACUGAAUGGAAGCAGAUGUAAUUAGGCCCUUUGACACCGAUCUGCAUGAAAAAGAAAAUGAAUUUGGGCAUGUUUUAAAGUGCUGCAGGCUGUACAGUGCUAAAGUAAAAGUGAUGUUAUGAAAAUAUGAGGUUUUCUUGUACUACACUGAAUAUGAAUCUUUACAAAUGCAUCUAAGUUAAGCACAAAUAUAAAACACAAAUGAUCAUGUUAUUUGGGUGUGUAGGAAUCUGUACACUCAUUAAGGAUGAUCAUUUUCAGUUACCUUGCUGCAGUUUAUUCGUCUUCGUACCAGAAAAAUAACUAAUUUGGGCUUCCGGGUGUAGGUCAAACUUUUUAAUCAAGUAAUUUGAUUUUAUAUUUGUAUUUAAUUUAGAUCUGGUUCUAAAGGUUGUGUUCACGUUGUCAAAAAAGCCUCAUUACAUCCACUGUUUCUCGUAUUUUACAACAUAAACUGCAGGUGGGGGUUGAACAGGCGCUGCAGGAUCCAUCGCCACGUGUCUGAAAGUUCUCGUCAAUCCGUCAGUCUUAAUCAAUCCUCCGUUAGUUCAGCAGGUUGCUCUGGCCUCUCCGUGAUGUGAACAGUGUGUGACCGGAGCACUUUGUCAUUGAAGGGAUCCGCGUUUUGAGCUCGAUGUGACUCAGUGUUUUUAAGAAUACAUAUAUUUGUUUUCUUCUUUUACAUUUCAGUUACAGUUUAUUCGCUUCCAGGUUUGUUUUAAUCCAUCUGGAACUGAAUGGUUGCAUCUGUUCUUUGUUUUCAAGGUUAUCUUGGAAUUUUAAUGGUAUUGACUGUAAUCCGUUUGGGUUUUAGUCUGAUGCUUAUCCCAAAAAGAGUGUGCACUUAAUGUAAAUCUGUCCCUCAGUGUGAGUUAGUGUGCAUGCAUGCACAAGACUGUAUAUGAGGGUGUGUGUGCGUUUCUUUGCUUUAAUGUGUGCUGUUCUUGCUGGUUCGUUGCAUUACCAUGAUGCGACUGCAGUGUGCAUGUAUGUGCCUGUGUGGGGACAUCAUACCAACACCAUGAAUGUAGAUAUUGUUGACUCUUCAUUUUUUUUCUUCCAAAGGUCUUUGCUGUCACGCAUUGAUUACCUGAAAAUGGACUGAUGGCUUCCUAUCAUUUUUGGGUCAGACUAAGUACAUGGCAACUAUUAGGACUGAUUUUGACCAUUAUGAAUCUCAUCACAGACUGAAACAAAACCAGCGUGGACUAUUUAAAUACCUGGGGGAGGGGGAGGGAAAGUGAUUGCUCACGUUGACCGAUGGGAGUUUGUAAAAGGGAUCUGGGGGAACUGAGUUGCCAGUGGACUUUGGGUUUAAAAACUGUAAUUUUUCUGUAAAUACUGUUUUUUGUAUUGAGUGCUUAUUGUUUUUUUGUUAGUACUUUAAUUUGGCAAAACCCUCAUCUGUGAUUUUCGAGGCCAGUGAGUCUUUCACUCACGGGGGAGAGUUUUUUGGUUAAAUUCACCUGUUUUAGUUGUUUCUUCUCUCCCUUCUGUUGGUUUAUAGAGAUAUCUAAGACGGCAAAGCUUUACAAAGUUUGUACUGCUCAUCAUUUGACAGAAUUUGAUGUUUUCUAUAGCUGAGGGUGUUCUUAUGUCCUUGUAGUUCAAGUAUUUGGGCAAAUAAAAAAUUAUCUUUAA